GUAGAACCUGUCUUUGUCAAUCCAGGGAGAGAAAAUAAAUUAUGGGCACAAUCCUACGCUUUAUGAUGUUCUUCUUUUUCUACCUGCUUUGCUUGCCUUUAUGUGUACUGUGCACUGCGACAAACUGUACACAAAUAGUUCAAAACAAAGAUGUUGGAGAUAGCCUCAUUCUUUCAGAAAAUACUUUUUUAAAUUUAAGCAAUAAACUGCCGGAAGUGACUUGUAAGUCAUUUUUAAUUGAGGUAAAAGUGUGUGCAUCAGGAAAGCUACAUAAAUUCUGCAAGUGUCGAUGGACUGUUGAUAAUUUUCUGAAAUGCACAAGUGAAUGUAUCGAUAUGGUGUGUGAGGCUGAUAACUCUGAAAUGCGCAUGUCCUUGCUCGUGAGACGGAUGUACAGUGAAGUCGUGUGGGAGCUCCUCGAAAACAACUCUUUACCAGUUGUGCUGAACCAUACUAAACUGCAAGUAAACUACCGUCCACAAAUCACCCAACUUAUGGUAAAUGACGAUCAGGCUAACAGGACACACACUGUUGAUGAGAAGCAGGAAGUAAACAUCUCAUGUUUCUUCUCAAACGGGAACCCUCCAAGCAAUAUUAGCAUGCUGGAUGACAAUGGGAAUACUUUGAGUUCAUCAAGUGACAGAGAAGGAUAUCUCGUGCUGUCUCGGGAAUUUCGUUGCCAUGAUGUCUGGCCGACUAUCCAUUGUCAAGCCCCUGGUUCGGAACUGAACAGAUCUAUGUCCAUUCUUGUGAGAUGUCUUCCCGAGCUUUCUUUCUUUGCUGCUCAAGUCGCCAAUUGGACAAGCGUCCUACAAGGUCUGACUCUAAGAUUCAAAUCGCACACAAGUAACAUCAGCAAAUGUCUGAUGACAGAGUUGUACUCUGGACAUACCUCCAGAAAUGUGACUUGUACACUAAGUGGAAGAGCUCCCGAGUUUAAUUUGACUUUGCACUUUGGUGAAGAAACAUGGAUUAGACCGGGAAACUGGACUCUGGAUAUCACUACAGAGUUUGGGAUCACAAACAUAACCUUUGAAUUAAUUAACGAUACGGCUCAUACCGGCGUCUCACCCAGUUCAGAAUAUCCUGGCCAACUAACAGAAAGCAACAUACUCCUGGUAAUAUCUGGAUGUCUUUUGACUGUCAUUGUCUUCAGUGCUGGUCUCUCGAUCCUUUGCGUGGUAAAGUUUGCCAAACAUCAUGGCGUACAGGGUGUACAAGGAUUUGAUUCAAAUAACAGCGAAGAACACCAAGACGAUGCACUCUAUGAAAAUCGUGGAAAUGCAAUGAUUGGCAGUGUUGUUGCUGUUUGCUCUUCUGAAGCAGAGCAGCACCAUACACAAACCUUGGGUCAUCGUAAUGCCGACGGGUUGAUAUACGGAGAGUUGGACUUUGGAGACAAAGAACCUUCAGAUGUUAUCAUCGGCUCUUUGCCCGAUAACCACUAUGCACAGAUCAACUUUGCAGCUUCGAUUCAUCCACCUUAG